AUGGCGGCAACGGCCGGACCCACCUCCUCCUCCGCCGCCACCACCACCACCUUCACCCACUCCAGGACCCUGUUCCUGGACGACAGCGGGGCCCCGCUGCGCUUCUACAUGCGACCCAGCUCCACCAAGGCCGUGCUGCUGCCGCUGGUGACGCACGGCGGCGGGGUGAUGUGCGGCCUGCAGGCGCCCGGCGCCCUCCUGCUGGCCGAGCUCGGGCCGGGGCCGCCGCUGAAGGGUCACGUGGCGGCGCGCUACGUGCUGGACUGCGUGGAGCGCAACGAGCGCUUGGACGUCGAAGACUACCGCGAGCGGCCGGCAGGCCCGCGGCCGCCGGCGGCCUCCCGGGACCGGGACCCGGCCCCGCGCGGCGAGCGGCCGCGAGACCAACCGCCCGCGGCGGCGGCGGCGGGGGCGGGGUCACGUGACCCCGAUCCGGCCACGCGCGUCGGCGGCGGCCGGAGCGCCUACACGCGCGCCGAAGACGUCACGCUCCUGAUGUACGUGCGCGACCACGGCGGCCGGGCCGCGCGCGGCCGCGGCUCGUUGCUGGGCAACGCGUUCUGGCGCCACCUCGAGCGCCUGGCGCUGACCGGCCACACCUGGCAGUCCAUGAGGGACCGUUACCUGCGCCACCUGAGGGGCCGCGAGCGGGACUACCAGCUCGACAGCCGCACCGUCAUCCCCGCCCCGGUCAGGCUGCUGCCGCCGCCGCCGCCGCCGGACAGGGCCGACCCAGCCAGCCCGAACGGGGGCCCGGGGCCGCCGGCCGCCCAGCCAGGUAAAAUGUCUGCCGUUCCCGCACGGCACAAAGACGGUAAAGGGGAGCGCGGCGGCGCCGGUCACUCGGCCCAGCCCCGGGCCCAGCCCCCGGCUCAGGCUCAGGCUCAGCCCCGGGCCCAGCCCCAGCCUCAGGCUCAGGCUCAGGCUCAGGCUCAGGCCGGUCCGGAGGACGAGUGCUUCAACAUUUUCCCGAUUGCUAUCAGGGAGUUUGAGGAUGAAGAAAGUCCUGAGCUGCAAAUAACUGAAGUAGAUCAGCAGCAGAUAGAGACUGAAACCCUCCCACAGCAGCAAAGGGCGAACAACCUUCCAAAGAAGACAGGAACUCUGGCAGAAUUCAUAAUAAACAAUGCACAGUCAGAAUCGGAAUCGCAAACACAAGUAGAUGCCAACUCUUUCAGCCCCACACCCUCCCAGAACGAAGUGGAUUCUGCAGUUAAAGCCAUUGAAACAUUGAGGCAAGAGUACCACCUGGAUCUCUGUGGAGCCACUCAAGUGUUACUGAAGAAUAAUGGAGAUCUGGUGGCUACGAUGCAUUUCAUGGCGACUGGUCACCGACCAGAUGGCCAUCCUAUCUGGACCCAUCAAGAUGACCUUGAUCUUGAGAGUGAAGAGCAGAAUGUGAAGGAAAGAUUGGUCAAAAUGUUUGGAGCAGACCAUUUAGCAAAGAGACGAGCUUUUAAAAAUAGUUAGUUUCAAGAAACGCUGCAGGACUCUUUCGUUCAGUGAGUAAAGAAUAUAUGAACCUAGAACCUUAGUGUGUAGUUUCCUUGAACACUGUCUGUCCUUCCAUCUCUGGGCCUAAAUUUAAAUUCAGGUGUCUAUUAGAUGGAGUCGUGUAGCUCAGUGGUUAGAACACUCGCCUCGCAAGCGAGAGGAUGU